AUGAGCAUAGCACAUAAUCAAAACAGCCCUUUUCAGGGCUACACUAACACUGACAAUGACAAUGAUCCCAAUAAACAGCUUGAUCAGGGAAACUUAGAAAACACAGAACAAAUCAAAUCAUUUGGUGUUAUGGCAUCGUUCAAAGAAGGUGGUGUCAAAUCCGAAAAAAUUAUCUGUGCAAUUAUGUUUAUGAUUUGUAAAGACAAUAUUCAGCCUUUAAGCAUAGUCGAAGAUGAAGGGUUUAAGUACUUAAUGAAGGCAGUUUCACCAAAUUUUAAAGUACCCAGCCAUAUUUGGACAGACAUCCAAACUAGGAGUUAUAUUGAUGUUACUAUUCACUUUGUUGAUCAAUACAAAUUCAACGCAGCAUUAUUAGGAGUAUAUGAACUAUACGAGAGACAUACAAGUGAAUAUAUAGCUACUAAAUUGGUAGAUGUAUGCACAGAAUGGAAUAUUACCAAACAAAAAAUAGUUGCAGUGAAUGCAAUUUCAAGUGUCUCCAAACUGACAGACCUAAUUUCAAAGGUGAAAAUUAUUGUUAAAUGGUUUAAGCAUAGUGUUGUGGCAAGUGACGAACUGCGAAAAGCAACCAAUGUUGAUGUUCCAUCAAUGAUAUCUGCAAAAGAAAUCAAAGAUAUUUCUGAUAUUAUAGAUUUAUUAAGACCUAUUGAAGCAUCUACCAAAGAACUUUGUGGUCAAAAAUACAUAACUUCAAGCCUUGUCAAACAGAACGCGUUAAAGCGUUAUUAA